AUGACGAUGGUCACCAACAUGAAUAUGGAGCAAUGCUUCAUUAUCACGCUCGACGCCAUAAUCAUGGCUGAGCAGAUUGUUUCUUUCGGAUCUGAGGAUCUUGGUCUCAAUCUUGUUGGGGCUUCUAUUUUGGUUGAUCCGUCUGAUUUUCCGGGUAUUCACCAUGCUGCUCGGGAUUUGGCUGAGGAUUUUGGUCGAGUAACGAGGGGUAAGGCGAGUCCGUUUGUCUUUGUGGAUGAAGCGAAGGCGGAAGAGUUGAAUCUCAGUGCGGUGGUUAUUGUUGGUUGCGUUGAGUCAUGCUGGAUGCUUGACAGGCUUAUCGCUGAGAAGAAAAUUGAUGUCGACGCGAUUAGAGGGAAGUGGGAGUCAUUUAUGACCUUCGUGGUGGACGAUCCAUUUCCAGGAUGCUCGAAGGGCUUGAUUAUUGCUGGAAGUGAUAAAAGAGCUGCCAUAUUCGGUGCAUAUACUCUGUCUCGCCAGAUUGGCGUGUCUCCAUGGUACUGGUGGGCUGAUGUCGCACCCAAGUUCCACCCAGAUAUCUAUGCCCUCCCAGUUACGACGACGCACGGUGAACCAAGCAUUCAGUAUCGAGGAAUCUUCAUCAAUGACGAGGCACCCGCAUUGACAGGUUGGGUACGAGAGAAAUUCGGUUCCUACAACAGCGAGUUCUACAAGAAGGUUUAUGAACUGCUCCUCCGUCUAAAAGCCAAUUUCAUGUGGCCAGCAAUGUGGCCAGGCUACCCUAAUCCCGGUGCAGUCUUCUUCAUGGAUGACCCAGAGAACCAGCGCAUUGCCGAUGAAUACGGAAUCUGUAUAUCAACCUCCCACCAUGAGCCGAUGCAGCGCGCUACAACGGAGUGGUUUGAGGAGGAGCCGCGUGCAGAUGGAACUUGGGAUUGGACUAAGAGCCGUGAAGAGAUCAUUGAGUUCUUUCGCAAGGGUGUUCAGCGUGCGAAGGGGCUGGAAUCUUAUUUCACAAUGGGGAUUCGGGGUGAAUAUGAUCGUGGUAUGGCAACCAAUGAUCCUGGUGCUGUGAUACGAGAUGUGCUCUUGCAACAACGGGCUCUUUUUAAGGAGGUUCAUGGACGCGAGGAUGCUGUUCCACAGGUCCUUGCGCUUUAUAAGGAGAUUCAGGAUCUAUACCAAGCGGGCGAAUUCACUGUCCCCGAUGAUGUGACAUUGUUAUUUGCCGAUGACAACUUUGGGGCUCUUCGACGUUUACCAUCCAAUCCUGAGAUGAAUAGGCCGGGAGGAGCGGGUAUUUACUACCACUUUGAAUAUGUCGGGGCUCCUCGAAGUUAUAAAUGGAUUAACUCGAAUUCUUUGGGCAAAACGUAUCAUCAACUCUCCGAAGCGUAUAAUCGCAAUGCUCGGAAAAUAUGGGUGUUCAAUGUUGGUGACAUCAAGCCUAUCGAGGUCCCCUUGACCUUUGCAAUGGAGAUGGCCUGGAACAUCAACUCCGUUCAUGAGUCCAGUAUUCCUCAAUUCCUGAGUAGCAUGGCUACAGAAUACUUCAGCGCCGAGCUGAGUCCGGAUAUCGUUUCUCUCUGGCACGAAUAUGACCGUCUUGUUCGUCUUCGCAGACAUGAGCAUAUCGAACCCGAAUCCUUCUCCUUACUCCAUUACAACGAAGCAGAUGAUAUAGCGUCAAGAUGGCAAAAACUCGUAUCUACUGCAGAGAAGAUCCACGAUCGUGCGAAUCCAGAACAGAAGGCAUCAAUCUGGGAACUAGUCGUACACCCCGUCAAGGCCAGCGCAAUCUAUACACAACUACGAGUAACACAAGCACGAAACCAACUGCACGCACGCCAAAGACGCAACACAGCCAAUAAACUCCUCCGAGAAACUCUCGACCUCUUCGACGCAGAUUUCAAACUCUCACAGGAAUUCCACUCCCUUUUAGAUGGAAAGUGGAAUCAUAUUAUGUGUCAGGCUCAUAUGGGAUACGGCGAUACCUGGCACGCACCAUCCCGGGAUGCUAUCUUCGGAUUAGCGUAUGUGCAGCGUGACCAGAAUAGCAAUAUCAUUGUUGGUCAGAUGGGUGUUGCAGUUGAAGGACAUGAAGGUAUUCGCGCUGGGCGAAUCAAUGAAGAAAGUGAACGGACUCAUCCUAGUCGACGAGACCUGGUUCCCGGUCUAACUUUGGGAUCUAUGAGUAGAUACGGUGUGAAAAAGAGGUGGUUUGAUAUUUUUACUCGAGGGACGCAGAUCAUUCAUUGGAGUAUCUCUGUUCUAUUUCGCUGGGUUGAAGUCUCGGUCUCUGAAGGGAUCUUGCAUCCCGAUGGAGAUGAUGCUCGUGUCUGGAUUACUGUUGACUGGGAUCUUGUCGAGCCUGGUUUCGAUCAGGAGGUCUUGAUCAGCAUUUCAUCGGCAGAGGGCGAUUUCGAACAUGUCCAUCUCCCUGUUCAGGGUCAUAGAAUCCCGGAUUCUUUCCAAGGAUUCGUUGAGGCGGAUGGAUACGUUUCGAUCCCUGCUAUCGGCCUCGGUGUUCAAGCCCCGUAUAAACAUCACCCUGAGCUAGGCAGAGGAAGUGAAGGCUCAAUCACUAUUGACUAUGAUACCUGUCGCCGUGAGACUAUUGUUCCAUUUAUGGAAUACCCAUUUUACACAUUUUCCCACGCUGAAUCAUUCACACUGAAACUAUUGUUCAACAUGACUCUGGAUAUUGAUCCAGAUCAGAAAAUGUCUUAUGAGUUCAGUGUUGAUGAUCAGCCUGUUGAGCUACACACUCUCGUCAGCGAAUCAAGUGGCAAGGCUAAAUUACCCGCCGAAGGAUGGCUGAGAUGCUAUCAUGAAUUGUGUUUGGGAGAAGACGCAUCAUCUUGCUGCAUUGAAGCCUGGUCCUCAUACUAUUCGGGUACGGUUGAACCAUUCGAAUACCUUACUUGA